AGAGCAUAUAUUGCAUAUAUACACUUACACUUUGUAUAUAAACAGCAAAAAACCACACUCCCAAUGACAAGUGGCCAUCUUCUUUCAGCACUUUGAAUGUCUUCCUUUCUCUUUCUAAUUCUUCUAUCUUUUGGAUUCAUCCACGAUCAGAAUUAACUAAAUCCCGGCUAGGUUCUUCAAAUUCUCGAGUCUAAACGCAUAAGUUGAUCCACAAAAACGGAUAUAAGAAGUUUGUGAUCACUAUUCCAUAUUAUUCAAGAUCUUUUUGAUUCUUGAUCAGAUGAUCAGGUUUGCCAAAUUCUAGAUUAGUCGUUUAAACUAGCUAAUGGAGACAUUAUCUUUAACGUCGGAUAGUUUGAGUUUAAGCAAGAUGAAUCAACAAAACAAGAACACAGAAUGGACCGACGAACAAAACACAUGGUUUGAAAGUGCUCUAGCUAUAUUUGAUACGGAAACACCAGACCGGUGGUCAAAUGUAGCUGCUUUGGUCCCUGGGAAAUCAGAGAUUGAUGUCAAGAGACAAUAUGAGAAACUGAAAGCUGAUAUCAGUGAAAUUGAGGCUGGUCUGGUUCCUGAUCCAGGCUAUAUGACUUCCUCUUUCAACCUAGAACUUGUCGAAGAUCAAAACUUCAGUAUCUUCAGAAAAAGGCCUUCAAAGUUUAGAACUUUUGAUAGUGAAAGGCGCAAGGGUGUGCCUUGGACCGAAGAGGAGCAUAGGCAAUUUUUGAUGGGUCUUCAAGUUCAUGGGAAAGGAGAUUGGAGAAGUAUUUCUCGUAACUUUGUGGUGACAAAAACGCCGACUCAAGUAGCAAGUCAUGCUCAAAAGUAUUAUGCAAGACAACAUUCAGAUGUGAAAGAGAAGAGGAGACCUAGCAUCCAUGAUAUCACUAUGGUCAAUAACCGACAGAAUUCCAAGUCUCCCGAGAAAUCUCCUCUGUCAAUUAACAAAUCCAUUGGGUUACCAAAGAACUUACUUCACUGGAACAACACCAGUGAUGGCAUCAAUAUCCGAGUUUACAAUUCCGGCCUCCAAUUCCAACCUGCUAGGUACCAAGUUGAAGGUUAACUAGGAAGCAAAAAAAGUUUGUCUUUGUCUUUGAAAAUCAUGUUUAUAUACAUGUACUUGUAGUUUGUUUGUAUUAUUCCAAAAUAUAUAGUUUGUUUUUCUGUU